GUCUCCACCUGCCAGUGUCACACACUUCCUUCCUGUUUGUCCUGGCUGCGAGAUUGGGGGGGAAACCAACCCAACCACAAGCCCUCCGGGUGACCCAGGGGAGUUACUGACUGGCCCUCUCUAAAGCUGUGUCCUUGGCGUUGAAUGAGGGGUCCGAAUCAGCACUGGCAGGGACUGGAGCAACUGUUUGGAAUAAAGGCACAGUGACUGCCAGUUCUGUCCCAGAGUGGAGCCCACCUGCCGCUUGCAGCCCCUCAAGGACCAGCUUGUGCAUCCCACAGGAUGGACACGUGGACCACACUGCUGGUCCUACAAGCAUCACUGUUGCUGUCCCUGGCUGACUGUUCCGCACCCACCCCUACCCUACGCUUUGUGGCUGUGGGUGACUGGGGAGGGGUCCCCAAUGCCCCGUUCCACACAGCCCGGGAAAUGGCCAAUGCUAAGGAGAUCGCCAGGACCGUGCAGACGCUGGGCGCCGACUUCAUCAUGUCCCUAGGGGACAACUUUUACUUUACUGGUGUGCGUGAUGCAAAUGACAAGAGAUUCCAGGAGACCUUUGAGGACGUGUUCUCAGACCGUUCCCUUCGCAACGUACCCUGGUACGUGUUGGCUGGGAACCAUGACCACCUUGGCAACAUUUCAGCUCAGAUUGCCUACUCCAAGAUCUCCAAGCGCUGGAAUUUCCCAAGCCCCUUCUACCGCCUGCAUUUCAAGAUCCCACGGACUAACAUGUCUGUGGCCAUCUUCAUGCUAGACACAGUGGUGUUGUGUGGCAACUCAGAUGACUUUGUCAGCCAGCAGCCCACGAUGCCCCAAGACCUGAAUGUGGCCCGCAGUCAGCUGUCCUGGCUUAAGAAACAGCUGGCAGCGGCCAAGGAAGACUAUGUACUGGUGGCCGGCCACUACCCUAUCUGGUCCAUCGCUGAGCAUGGGCCCACCCGCUGCCUGGUCAAGCACUUGCGGCCACUGCUGGCCACAUAUGGAGUCACCGCCUACCUGUGUGGCCAUGAUCACAAUUUGCAGUAUCUUCAGGAUGAGAAUGGUGUGGGCUACGUGCUGAGCGGCGCAGGGAACUUCAUGGACCCCUCAGUGCGACACCAGCGCAAGGUCCCCAACGGCUACCUGCGGUUCCAUUAUGGGUCUGAGGACUCACUAGGUGGCUUUGCCUACGUGGAGAUAAGCCCCAAAGAAAUGAGUGUCACAUACAUCGAAGCUUCAGGCAAAUCUCUCUUCAAAACUAGCAUCCCGAGGCGAACCAGGCCCUGAACACCCAGGAAGGUCCUGCUCUGCCCACUGUGGGGCCUAAGACAGGAGCCACCGGCAAGCGUGGUGGGUGGGCCCUGUGGGGUCCCCUCCCACAGACAGGCUUUCUCUUGGGCCCCCAGUGUUCCAGCAGAGGGGGAAGGAAAGGCACAGGUGGUCACAUAUGUGAAAGAACAUGAACACAUGUCCCAGCCAGUGGGGACUCACACCCCAAGGCCAGGCUGAGUUUUGGAGAGUGGACGGUGGGGGGCAGGGAUUCUCCUGAAUCAAGCAUCUUUCUGUCACUGCCAUUCAAUAAAGGAAUAGUUGUAA